UUGUUUACAUGGCCAGAUCAGGACAGAGAGUACUUUUUUCUGGGAAGCUGAGUGAACGUCCUUAUGUCUAGCUGCUAGUUAUAUUGUGAGACUGUGUUAUUUUAUGUUUUGGUUGUUUGAGAUCCGUGCAGUUAAACUGUGUGACUGAGUUCAUGUAAAGCUUAUGCAGAGUGAAAAGUAGAACAGCGAGUGUUUGUGUAGUUAAAAUACUGUAGUUUGCAGCUCGAAGCGUCUUCAGGCUGGCCAUGAUCAUUCUCUCACCACGUGUUGUUCUUCAUAUGCAAAUAUAUAGACAAGACUUUUUUCUAUAUGAAUUUAGGCUUUAAAUAGAAGAAUUCAUAGAAACGGUGACCUCUGCAGAUAUGGCCACUAAGCCCUUCAGGCCAGACGAAGCACGUAGGAUCAUGCGGUUUCUGCACAAGCCAGCGGUUUUCAUCAACAUGACUGAUAACUGGCCAGGACGGGACUGGACUCUGGAACAUCUGGCAGUUUGUCUAGAGAAGGCUGUACGUUUUCGUGUUGGGAAGAAGUGUGAAAAGAAGGCUCCUCUCUUUGAGACAGAGUGUUCAUAUCUCGAAGCAACUCUUGCAGAGUUCCUGUGUUGGACGAGUGGUAGCGAUGAUGCCUCUGUAGGCCCAUUUGCUGACUAUCCCCUUUCAGAAUACUGGGCUUAUGCGGACUACAAGUAUAUCGCCCUUCUUUUUCAGGAAAAGAUCUCCAUGUUUAAGGAUAUAAUGUGGUCUGACUUUGGCUACCCAGGCCUUGAUGGGAGAGAAAGUACCCUUUGGGUUGGUACAAAUGGUGCCAACACUCCAUGUCAUCUGGACUCCUAUGGAUACAAUCUUGUCUUUCAGAUUCAAGGCAGAAAAUGCUGGCAUCUCUUUCCUCCUGAUGAUACAGAAUGUAUGUACCCAACACGUAUACCAUAUGAGGAGUCCAGCGUGUUCAGCCAGGUUAAUGUGAUGCGUCCUGACAUGCACCGAUUCCCUGCUUUCCGAAGAGCCAGGGCUCACCUCGUCACUCUGGAGCCGGGUCAGGUUCUUUUUGUCCCAAGACAUUGGUGGCAUUAUGUGGAAUCAGUAGACCCAGUAACUGUCAGUGUCAACUCUUGGAUUGAUAUGGAGGUGGAUGACGAAGCCCGAAUAGGAGAAGCUCUGACCAAGACCGUAAUCUGUGCACUAAAGAGUAAACCGAGUAUGGAUAACAAAGACAACUGGCUCAAUCCUACUGAGGAUGGGAUCUCUACACAUGAUGAAAACAUGCAGUAUCUGAAUCUAGCAGUGAAGGCAUACAUGAAUAAAAGAAGCUUACAUUCUGAAGACUUGAUCAAAUGUCCAGAGCAACCCAGUCCCUCAGCUUUGAAGCGGGACUCUAGUGGUCAUUUGAAGACCCCUGUCGCUGAACCUGUGACCUCAUUUUCAUUGCCCUUUGGACCUAACCUCAUUCCUGUAACUUGUCAUGGAGACCUAACUCAGAAACCCUUAGUGACAAACCCCAAAGAGGCUCUCAUUUCAAAAGACAAUACAUUCUUUUACACGCAAAGGGGAACAAAGACCAUGCAUACAGAUACACAUGAGAAAGAAGAGGCAAUCAGUGUAACAGAGGAGGAAGAAGAAGAUGGAAAUGCUGGUGCAACGUGUGGCCGAAUAUCCACCAAUGAUCUGCUGGACUGCUUGCUACAUCCAGAUGUCAUCAAACUUGUUACAAAGCUAAUGAUAGACCGUCAGAAAGAGCUUCACUAAACAAGUCACAGAGCGAUUUUUACUGUAUCAACUUUAUACAUUAAAUAUUGCAGUUAAUAAAGACUUAUUAAUAAUAA